AUGGCUUUCUUCUUACCAGACACGGUAGACGCAAAGUACCGGACAGCUGCAUGGGUGAUGGUUGUUCUCUUGUAUGGAAUGCCUGCAGCUUACCUUUGUCACCGCUGUUGGGUUAUCAUGGAGAAUGAGCAAACAGCUUUGAGUAUGACAAGGUCGACCGACUACGGACACUUGCCAGAUUUCUUCGUUUGCAGCGGCCAGGCCACUUCGGCACCCAAAGCUCUACAGUGCCAGCUGACUUCCUUUACAACUGCCAACAAAACCUGGGCUGCAACCCCGGUGGACCAAGGGAAGCAACAUGCAAUUCAACAAGCUGCAAAGUCUCCUGUGAAGCAGUUUUGCCCCGUGUCAGGAUACAAUCUCACGGAGUCAGUGCAGCUGAACCACAUCCACUACCGCAAAUACCCCAUCAUUGGGGAGUGUGCUGUCCUUGUGGUCUCAAAGCUGAAGCCCAAUGUUGUCGACACGCCUGCGCAGCUUUAUUACAAGUUUGUGACACCUGGUGUUCACGAAAGUGAUGCCACGCUGAUUUUGAGAGUGCAUGAUGAGAGGCAGCACCGCUACACAAUGACGACAUUGACAGCCUUCACACCUGGUGUCCAAGUGGUUCAUAUAAAAAAGAGAAGAGAAGGUUCAAAAAGGUUGUCAGCUCAUCCAAGUCUCCAUGACUUUGCUCAGCAGAUCACGAAUUUGACGAUGUGGAAGAGUCUAUACCAGGUACUAAUUGACCCACCGAUGAGCAAUGUCUACACCUCGCAACUUGAGUACCAGUACCCAGAUAUGCAUACAGAAUCUGUAGGGAAUCUGACAGUGCAGCACUACCAGGUGACAUUGAAACUCAUGAACGACUAUGUGGACGAAGAAGUGGAGGUAGGGCGCUUUGCACAGAUUUUCAUGUUGCUGGCCAAGAUUGGUGGGUAUUUGUCUGUCCUCAGCGCUGUGCUUGGUAUUUGCUGGGUCCGGCGCUGGCCGCAAAGCAAGACCGUCCAGACUUAUGAAGCCAAAACCUUCCUCUUUGGUGACAAGGGGGGCGUUCCCCUACAUGAACAAGCCGAGCUAGGUGCACGCACCGCGACCGCCAAAUGA